CCACAUCCCCCAACACACCUUUACCAGCCUGUGGUUCCUCCACACAAACCGAGAGAGGGAGAAGGAGGAGAGGAGGAGGCAGAUACGCAUCUUUCUUCAAGUCCGUGAGAACUUCAGGCGUUUUUGGAGAUCUCAGAGAUGCUCUUCAUGCUCUUCGGUGCUGAUGUCGCCCUCUUUGCCGCCUUAACAAAACUGAGAGAUCAUUUCAAUGACUCAGUGUGUUUAUUCUGAGGAGCAGAGGACUCGUUUCUGCAGGAUUAUCAGUGCAGUCCGGAGACGUGAUGUCACGCGCCUGUUCUCUGAUCUUGGUAUUGCUGAGUGUGCUUCAGGCAAACAGCCAGACGGAAAUGAAAAGGGUUGUCGGUGACAAUGCCACGCUGCCGUGCCACCAUCAGCUGUGGCAAGCCGACAUCUCUCUGCUGGACAUCGAAUGGAUGCUGCAUAAAUCCAGCUCACGGCAGAAAGUGUUGAUCACAUACUUUGCGGGUCGAAUCUACGACCCAAACGAGAGCGAGGCGGGACGGCUGUCCCUGACGGGCGACUACCUGAAGGGCGAUGCUUCACUUAUGAUCAGCGACCUCCUGCUGACCGACUCUGGAGAAUACAUCUGCAAGGUCAAGAACGGAGGAAAGUACUUCUGGAACACGGUCAAGCUCAUCGUUCUCCUGAAACCGUCCAAACCACGCUGCUGGAUGGAGGGUCGUCUGCUGGAAGGAAGUGAUGUCAGAAUGAGCUGCAAGUCUGAAGAUGGAUCUGACCCGAUAAGCUACAAAUGGGAGAGAGUUUUGGACAAGGGAAAAUAUGCUGGCAAGCUCCCACCCUUGGCUCUCAUAGAUCUCAAAAACCCUGAGAUUGUGACCCUGAGAAAUCUGUCCAGGGAAAGUGCAGGUGUCUAUAAAUGCACCGCCAGCAAUGAUGUCGGGGAGGAGAGCUGUACUCUAGAGGUCAAAGUUCACUACAUCCGGGGAAUGGGCGUAGUGGCUGGCGCCGUGGUGGGCGUGUCCUUUGGUGUGCUCCUUAUCAUCCUCAUCAUCUGGCUUGUUUUCCGCAAAAAGGAGAAAAAGAAAUAUGAAGAGGAGGAGGCGCCCAAUGAAAUAAGGGAGGAUGCUGAGGCUCCCAAGGCCAAACUGGUGAAGCCCAAUUCGCUGUCGUCUUCCCGGUCCGGUAGUUCUCGCUCUGGGGCGUCUUCCACUCAGUCUAUGGUGCACAACAGCGUCCCCCGUGCCCCAAGGCCUCGACCGCCUGCGGUAACUGCUGUUAAGGAGGGUGAACAGCUUGAAAAUUUUCCUCAGGUACCACCGGCAUAUAACCACGUGGUCCCGAAACUCGCAGAGCCUGGCAACAGCCCCAAACCCAGCCCGGCAAAGCUCAACCCGGGGAACCUGGCAAGGAUGGGCGCCACACCUGUGAUGAUUCCUGCCCAAACCAAGGCAUUCCAGACUGUUUAGGAAUACCUGCAGAAACACACACACAAAUAAAUACACACAACUGCGGUAAAAAGAGACAUCACCUCUCUGAUCUGAUUGUUCUGAAGUUCUCAUUUAAAAGUCUCGCAGAGAGGAUCAGACCAUCUGAGGAAAUAGCAAAACCUUUAUUUUGGAAAGCAGUUUUUUGCACCUUAUUUUUUGUGCAGUGGACCUGAAGUGGGAGUUAGGGUGAGCGGUGUCUUGUUAUGUUAGAUUUGAACGAAAGAGACAGAAACACAGCACUGCCUUUACAAAGACAGACAACCCAUCUUCCUGACUACAGACUUACUGUCCGCUCCGACAGCUUCAGAACUGAAGGAAAAUCGUGCACUAGACGACUCUUUCCAGAACCCGCUCAUGUGUGCCCACAAGGAUUCACACAUGUCACUCAUUUCCUCAGCCAAUCAGCUUUUGCCAGGCAACCCUGUGGGCAUCACACCUUAACAGCCAAUGGCAGGUGACCUGCUGGGCACAGACGCUACAAUUGGCUUAAAGGGAUAGUUUACCCCAAAAUGAAAAUUUUGUCAUCAUUUACUCACCCUCAUGUUGUUCUAAACCUGUAUGAUUUUUUUAUUUUAAUAAACAUAAAAGAUGAUAAAUGUGAUAACCACACCAUUGACUUCCAUAGUAUUUGUUGGAAUACAAUGGGUACCAUCCACUGUGUGCUAACCAUCAUUUAUAAAAAAAAAAUAAUUUGUGUUAUGUAGAACAAAAGAAACUCACACAGGUUUAGAACAACAUGAGGGUGAGUAAAUGAUGACAGAAUUUUUAAUUUUUGGGUGAACUAUCCCUUAAUAAAUCCUUAAUAAACCAAAGCAGUGGCAUGCUUGUGAGGUCACACUGAUAAAGCUCCGCCCACUUAAAGUCCUGCAUUAAUAUAGUUUCUGCAAUCAGCAAGUUGUACGCUGUCCACAGUAUCUCAAUAGUGAGAUAAUAUUGUCUCAGACUGUAUUUAUCAGAUCUGUUUUAACUAAAAGCGCACACUGUCUGUUCAUUUGCAUUUAAAGGUACAGACUUUAAAACCCACCCAAAUAGGGGCAUUUGGACAUGCUAUAAUAAAUGAUCUGUGGGGUAUUUUGAGCUGAAACUUCACAGACACAUUCUGGGCACACCUGAGACGUAUAUUACAUUUUGUAAAAAAAACAUAAUAGGGGCCCUUUAAUAGACAUUAAUAAGAAUUCAAUAUAAAUAUUUAGUUAAAGUAUCAAGCUGUAUCGAAAUGCGUGUCAUUUCCUUUAAAACAUUUAUUAGCAGAUGUUUAUUUAUGAUAAUAUAAACAUUAGCGUCAGAAAUGGGGUCGAUACUGUCAACUGGGAAAUGGUUUGGAUGGGUUUGGUUUUUGGUAUUUGCAAUUGAAAUCAUAUCUCUGGAUGGUGUUUCCCAUUGGAGGCAAGUUAGAUGAGCCAAGCUUUUCAGCUCUGGUAUGAAUCGCCUCAUUUUCAACAUGUCUGAAUGAUUGAAACGAAACCGAACGAUCAGGCCCAGGUGAAAUCUCUGCACGCAGAACUUCACAAAAAAGCUUCACAAAAAAUGGACUGCCUGUAAUUAAAAAAGUUAGGCACAUCCACACUGUAAAAAAAUACUUUGCUACCUUAAAAGUUUUUGUUAAAUCAACUCAGAUUAAAGUUAUGUCAACAGAGAUGAGUUGUCAAAACGUAUAAAAUAUAGUUAAGAGUUGGAUCCGAUGAUGUAGUGGACAGUGUUCCGAUGGUGCAGAUGCACUUCCGCCAAUCCGAGUUCGAAUCCCGGCUCGACCUCCUUUGCCGAUCCCAUACCACUCUCUCCACCCUGUACUUUCCUGUCACCUCGUAGUUACUUUCUAUCAAAUAAAGGAAAAAUUGGCCAGAAAAAAAAAAUAUAUAUAUAGUUAAGAGAAAAGUCAACUUAAUUUUAUAAGUUAUAACAACUCGCCUGCAGUUAUAACAACUCAUCUCUAGUCAAGAUAAAUAAUAGUAAGUUGAAAUGACUUGUAAAUCCGAGUUGAUUCAACAAAAAAUUUUAAAGCAGCAAAGUAUUUUUUUCAGUGCAGUGCACCGUCUGUUUGUUUAUUGAGAAAUUUGUCUUGCUACAAAUAAGAAUGUAGUACUUUCAGCUAACACAUUCAAAUUAAAACAAUAAAAAUGUAAGCCUGUCUGUGAAAUCCGAGGAUAGGUUGCAUAAUCUAGUUCUGAGAUUUGGAGCAUCAAAGUUUGAUAUCAAUCAUUGAUUUCACGUGAAUUUCAACUUUAUUCAGUCAAUAUUAAAGAUGUCAAGGUUAUAUUUUCACAGAAAGCUCUUUACAUUUUAUGUAGAAAACCAUAAAUCACAAAAAAUGUUUUUGCCUGGGUCUGCAAAUGACUUGAAUGUGUUCAAUAUUAUAUAUAUGUGUUUUUUUUUUUUGCCUUUUUCUUAAAUAUUACAUUAUUGUACCUGCAGUAGAUUAGAAGUUACUCCAAGACUGAUUUAUUUUAAACCCAGCGAUCUUUUAUCAGGUCACUUAUAUGCCACUUCUAAUACAUUUUCUCUAUUUUUUACUCUCUCAUAUUUUAAUACAGUUGAAUGACUACAGUUGUGCACACGAACAGCUGUGUUUUCUGACUACAUUUAUAAACAGCAGGGACGUGACAUUGGUUCCUUCCUCAAAGAGACAGUCAUGUUUUUAUUUCUUCAGAACGAAUUAGAUGGCUGAACAAGAUGCCAGAACAUAUUCAAAGUGACAGGUCAUGUUGGCAAUGCCUUUAAGGACAGAACAGUGUUGUUUUCUUAGAUAAACUGGAAAUAUCCAUACUGCAUGCAUGGAAAAGACUCCAUUGCCUUUUUAUGCCCGGAAAGGCAGAGGAACCAAAGCCUGGCCUUAUUUAUCGAAAUCCUUCAAGAAGAUCAAUAACUCUUAGGACCGGUAAACGAAGAAUGCACACUCACAAAAGCUGUCACUGGGGUGGUACUUUUUCAAAGAGUACACAUAAUGAGUGCAUAUUGGUACCUCAAAGGUAUGUACUUAAAUGGUACCUUUUUAAAAGGUAUCUCCAAGUGACAGCUUUUGUCCCUUUUUCUUAACAGUGCAGGUUUCAUUGAUUUAGCUUCAACUCACCGCCUAGUCGAUUCUUCGGCUAUACAGUCUCUUUCACGGAGGGUACAGUACAAUAAUAUUAGUCCUUCCUCGCUACCCGCUGUUCUUGUACGGCUGAGUCUGCUGUUAAUAUGUGCUGAGACGCAUGGUUUAGCCGAGUUUGUGUUUGGUCAGUUACAGCUGAACAGUUUAAAUGCUGAGCUCUAAUGUUAAACCCCCUGCAUACAGUUGCUUGAGAGAAUGUGCAUCUAAACACUAUUGGCAAUGGACCUGCAUGACACCGAUAGCUAGAGAAAGACGAGUAUUUUGGCUAAAUGCUUAUAUCAGUACGUUAUAUUCUAAAAGUUAUGUAAUAAAAAGGGUUUUGGUUGUGUAAAUAAGGGAGUUUUUUAUCCAAUAAAUAACAUUGAAUGAAGUUACUGUCAAGGCUGUCCAGAGCUGUGCUCUUUGUAGUUGAGUCUGGUCAGUCUGAUGUACUGAGACCGCAUGAUGAGUAAGGAAACCACCUGUAUUUUUGUAAAUGUUACUGGCUUUCUUUGAUUUGUCAAAAUACAAGGCCUUGUACAUAUUUCCCUCCUUCAUUUCAAAUGUAUAUUUGUACAGUGUCUUAAUGAAUUUCCUUUGCUUUGUAAUAAAGCAUAUAAUGGCAA